AUGUCUGCCGACGGCCCGACAUACCUGUCCUCCCUACAAGACAACAUCCGCCAGCGCCCCGUCCCCUGGGAUGGCGCCGUCCGGGCGGGCAGCCUCACCGAGGAGCAGUACGCAAAGAUCCGCGCCGUCGACAAAGCCAAGCGGGCCGAGCAGAGAAACGAGAUUGUGAGCGCGGACCUCGAUGGAUACUCAACGCUCUUCGUCGGCGGCAACGGCAGCCCCAGCGUCCUGGAAAAGGCAGGAAAGAAUGCCAGCCUCGUCCAGUACAUCCUGGUGCUGUUGACGGACUUGCUCGAUGCUGUGCCAUCUCUCGCCAAGGCUCUCUUAAAGUCUCCCGAGCCAUAUCAGCAUUUCUUGCCCUUGUUCCGCGCACACUCCAACGAGGACCCCAUCCCGAUUCUUACGGCACACGCCUUGUCGACGCUCAUGUCUUCAGCCCAAGAUGACUCCAGGCCUACCGUUGAGGCCCUUCCCAACGUCUUCACCUAUCUGUGCGGCCUAGCGCAGAGCACCGACGCCGGCUUACAGGACCUCGCCAUGCAGGAGUACUCAUUGCUCCUGUACAACCGUGUCUCGCGGGAGCUCUUUUGGAAGCAGCGCAGCGAAACCGUUACGCCCCUCGUCAACAUUCUUCGAACUGCGGCCGGCGUGGGCAGUGGAGGUGACGCAUCAGCCCGUCUGUGGAGCGGGACUGCUAGCACACGUCCCCUAGAGGGCUCGCUGAAUGGAGGUGUUGGCCUACAGCUAUUGUACCAUGUUCUCCUGGUGCUGUGGCAGACAAGUUUCGACUCAGAAAAUAUUGGAGAUGAGCUGAACGACGAAUACGACAUCAUCCUCCUGUAUACUCACCUUCUCCGCCUCUCACCCAAGGAGAAGACAACUCGGCUGAUUCUGGGCACCCUGUACAACCUGCUGGAGAAGAACCAGGCGACGCUUCUGCCUACUGCUGUGCUCGCGCGUCUGCCCGCACUGUUGGACAAUCUGAGUGGUCGCCAUCUGACCGAUCCCGACUUGCUGGAGGACCUCCAGAACCUCAAGGACCUGCUAGAAGAAUACACCAAGACGAAGACCACCUUUGACGAGUACGUAGCCGAGGUUCAGUCAGGUCACCUCCGCUGGUCUCCGCCGCACCGCAGCACCAUUUUCUGGGCAGAGAACGCGAGGAAAAUCCUCGAGUAUCAAAACGGCGAGAUUCCCCGCAAGCUGGCCGAGAUUAUGGACAAGCCCUGGGACAACGACAAGCAGGUCUUGGCCAUUGCAUGCAACGACAUUGGCUGGCUGGUGAAGGAAGUCAGCGAGAAGCGAUUGCAGCUGGAAAAGUUUGGCUUGAAGAGGCGGAUCAUGGAGCUCAUGGCCUCCGACGACGAGAACAUUCGAUACGAGAGUCUGCGUGCCUUGGGACACUGGCUGAGAUACAGCUUCGAGGAGAACUAG